AUGCCACUUGACUAUAGUAAUCCAGCUGUUAUAACGUUUUUAAAAGAAAAUUAUGAAAGAGAAAACGAAGAUAGAAUUCUAUGGUUUAUGAAAAACAAAGAAAAAAUUAUUUCUAGUACAACAUUAAGUAACACCAGCAAAGAUUAUAGGACAGAAGAUAUUGCCAGAGCUUUGAUUGAGCCAUUGAUGCAAAAUUUAGCAGUUCAUCAUAAGGUAAGCUUUAAAAAUCGUCGGCGGAAGUUACCGCAUGACAAUCCUGUAAUACUAGAUUCGAGAAGACGAGAUAUGAUAACUUUGAGUAACAACGAAACACAAAAAACAUUUUUAACCUCGAAUAUGAAGCCGGUAGAUCCAAGUCUAUCAAAUAUUUUAAGGAUUGAGCCUCCUUACGGAGGUCGUCUAAAGUAUCUUGGUAAGAGAUAUGAGAUUAUCCCUGAAGAAAAGUAUUACUUUAGUGAAACAAGUAAUAAUAUUUUUGGUUGGCGUUUAAAGGAAAGUGAAAUCGGCUUUUCAGCGUCUGAUCAUAAGAGGAAAGAUUUGUUUUCAAAAGAUUUAAAGUGUCGCUCUGGGCCACACCCCGAUCCAUCGCAUUACUCUGAAAUUCAAGAAUUUUCUAAAUGUUACAAUUGA